UUAAUGGUGUAAAUACGUAAUAACGUAAAUGUUAUUAGUGAAUUAUAUCAUUAAAAUUUUGCAAAUAAUGUAGUUUAUGAAUCGCAUUAUAUAAAUAUAUAAAUAUACAUAUUUAUUUUAAAUUUCAAUAAAUAUUUGCAAAUAAUUAUAGUUUAUCAUUUAUUAUUUUUAAUUUGUUUUGUUUGAAAAAUGGUUCAUUUAGAAGAAUAUAAAAAGGAAUUAGAAAAGAUUUAUCAAUGUGCACGUGAAAAUGAUAUUACAGAAACUGAAAUCAAUAGAAUUUUACAAAAUUCUUUUUAUAUUCUUGAAAAAAAAAACAAAAAAAUUAAUUUCCAUGUUAUAAAAAGUAUGGUUAUAAUAUUAUGUAUAAUAGUUAUAUGUUUUAUAUUUUUUGAUAAAAAGAUCUUAGCAAUAGUGUUAUUGAGAAAUUUGCAAAAUUCUAUUUAUCCAGGUUUAAAAUUAUUAAGACAAAUAGCAAUACCAAUAAUUCAACAUUAUCCUUCUUUAUCUGAAUUAUAUGAUGAAUGGUGCUUAUUAGAAAAUCCAUAUUUUUACGUAAAUGAUAUGGAUUGUUGGCCUUGUAGAGUUAUACAUUUUAUACCAGAUCUAAGUGGUCACCAUAUAUCUAGAUCAUUUAAUCCAGGAAUUCCUUAUAUAAAAACAGAAAAUUAUUCUCUAGUUCAUAUGGAAAAUAUACAACAAUUACUAUGGCAAAAUUCAGAAAUAUUUGAAAAAGAUGCUAUGAAAGUAUUAUCUAACAAUAUGACUUAUAGAAAUAUUCGUGAUAUUAUGGAAAAAAAGAUGGAUUUAAAUCCUUCUAAAAAUUUAAAUAAUCAUAUUUUGUGGAGAAUUAAUCGUAUGAGAGCAGGAAGAAUUUUAAGAAAAUUAUUUCCAAAACCUAUAGAUAUACCAAAUUGGUGGGAACAAAGUACAGAAAGAUUUAUUUUUUUUGAUGAAUCAAAAUCUCCAUCCUAUUCUUUACCAAAUCCUGAAUGUAGUAAUGUAAUGAUAAGAUGUACAACUGGUACAAGAUUGAUAAAAAUGAUAGCAAGUCCAGAAUGUUUUACAUCUUGCAAAUCUUUUAUAGUAUUAUUAUCUGCUGGAAAAACUUUAUGGUAUAAUUGGUGGUAUUGGCGGCCAAUCAGCCUUCCAGCUUUAAAUUCAACUAGUAUUACCAUUAGUUAUAUGACUUCAUUUUGCUGAAUUAUUUUUUCACAUUAGAUUAAUUUUUUAUAAUUAAUUUUAUUAUUAUAUUUUUAAAAAUGAUUAAAAACUGUCAUUAUACUAA